GAAAGACUAAUCCUUGACAUGCUAAUCACACUCGGCUUAGCCAUGGCGCAUUGCUGCCUUGGAAGUGGGAAUGACAAAAGAAAGCAGUAUAUCAAGGACAGUAUCCACUUAAGAACAAACACAUUGCUUCUCUUUAUGUACUAGUUACACGCGUGCAUACAUGGGAAUGCAUAUACAUAUGCGUUGCACAUAAGAUCUUAGUUGAAUCAGCACACACUGUACUUCAUAUGGUUUCAACAAUGGCAGAAAAAUAUCCUCCUACAAGUUGUGAAAGUUCGCCGAUCAUAGCCUCGCCAAUGGGAACUCCUUUGAGGAAGGUAUUGAAUAGGAUUUCGGGACUUGCUUCAUCUUGCAGGAGCAAAACAGGUCCCCGAGAUCGAUGUCGUCGGAUUUUCCAUAGGGAUGUGGAACAGGAAGAGUUCCAGUAUGCAAGUGCUCGUUGUCUCUCGUCGUACUACAGCGUUUUCGUUGCUCGCCUCGCGAUCAUGGUCAUGCUAGCUAUCUUGAUUGCUCUGCUAACGGUUCUAACAUGGCAUUUUACGAAGAUGUACACAACCAAAUCACUAAAGAUCUUAGCUUUCAGUCUUCGUUACGAACUUCUUCAGCGUCCUAUCUUACGGAUGUGGGGCAUCUUAAAUUCGACGUCGGAAAUUACGACUGCACAGGUCAAGUUAUCGGAAUAUGUUAUCAGGCGGUACAACAAACCUACCACUCAGGCAGAGCAAGUUGAGCUAUAUCAGAUGAUGAAAGACAUGACAUGGGCACUAUUCGUGAGUCGUAAAGCACUCAACGCCAUAACGAUCAAUUACAAGAACGGAUUUGUCCAGGCGUUCCAUAGAGAUCACAAGGACAACAGUACAUUCUAUAUCUACUCUGAUCUUGCAAAUUAUUCGAUCAGCGGAACAGAUUCUCGCAGCAACAAAAUGUUGCCGACGCGACAAGGAUGGAACGACCAAUUCAUUCAAGGUAACGUGUCUGCGAUAUGGUACCGUGAACCGCUUGACCCCAUCAGUGGGGAAAAGACAGGGAAGGCACUGCCAAUUCCACCGGAUGAGGUUAUCAAUAUUGCAGGCCCUUCUCAAGUGCCUGAUGGGGUAGCUUCGUGGCACGUCUCUGUCAGCAAGUAUACGGAUUCACCAUUGCUUUCCGCAGCACUUCCAGUAUGGGACUCUUCCAACACGAGUAUCGUAGCCGUCGUAGGUGUCACCACUGCCCUUUUUAGUGUAGGUCAGCUGAUGAAGGAACUGGUUGAAGUGCAUAGUGGGUACAUGUAUUUGACCUCACAUGAGGGUUACCUACUGGCUACUUCCACAAACGCUCCUCUGUUGAAAAACACUACAAAUGGGACCAGGCUUAUGAUGGCCGCCGAUUCCGAGGAUCGUAUGAUACAAAUGGGGGCUCAGUGGUUACAGAAAGCCUAUGGAAACAAGUUUCCCCCAGGCGAUGUCGUACACGUGGAGAAGGCCAAUCUCGGCGGCCAGCAUUAUUACAUCGAUUCGUUUUUUCUCAACCUUAAAAGACUACCUAUGGUCGGAGUCAUCAUCAUACCGAGAAAGUAUAUAAUGGGAAAGAUUGACGAAAGAUCAAUAAAAACAUUGAUCAUAUUGAUAUCUGCAUCUGUAGGUAUCUUAUUCAUUGGAUGUGUCUGUAUUUUGAUACUUACAAAUGGGGUAUCAAAGGAAAUGAAACUCAGAGCCGAGUUGAUAAGUCAUCUUAAUGCAAGAAGAAAAGCUGAAGCUUCAAGCAACUAUAAAAGCCAAUUCCUUGCAAACAUGAGUCAUGAACUAAGGACGCCUAUGGCUGCUGUUAUUGGACUAUUGGAUAUUCUUAUCUGCGACGACCAUCUUACGAACGAACAGUAUGCAAUGGUUUCCCAGAUCCGUAAAUGCUCGACGGCUCUUCUUCGGCUUCUUAACAACAUAUUGGAUCUGAGCAAGGUUGAAUCAGGAAAACUGGUGUUUGAAGAAGCUGAGUUCGACUUGGGGCGGGAACUUGAAGGACUUGUCGAUAUGUUCUCUGUGCAGUGCAUCAACCACAAUGUGGAGACUGUUCUGGAUCUCUCUGAUGAUAUUCCGAAAUUAGUUAGAGGAGAUUCUGCCAGAGUUGUUCAAGUUUUUGCAAAUCUAAUAAGCAAUUCCAUCAAGUUCACAACAUCGGGUCAUAUCAUACUGCGUGGAUGGUGUGAGAAUCCCAAUGUGUCUACUUAUUCCGGGAAGUCUGCAUUAAAGACAAAGUUGAAGAAUCAUGGAAACCAUAUGAAGAAGGCCGGCAAGAGAGACAACAAAAUUGUUCUUUGGUUCGAAGUUGAUGACACUGGCAGUGGCAUUGAUCCAAGCAAAUGGGAAUCUGUGUUUGAGAGCUUUGAGCAAGCCGACCCUUCAACAACUAGGACGCAUGGUGGCACAGGUCUUGGACUAUGCAUAGUCCGAACCUUGGUUAACAAGAUGGGUGGAGAAAUCAAGGUUGUAAAAAAGAAUGGUCCAGGAACUCUAAUCAGACUGUUCUUGCUACUCACUACUCCUGCAGAUGGCACAGAGCAACAUGGUCAAAUGGAUUUUGCUAAUCACAGUGUAGCGGUGAUCCUUGCCCUACACGGCAGCAUGGGUAGAUUGGUUAUGUCAGAGUGGCUGUCAAGAAAUGAAGUGCCAACUUUGGAAGCAUCUGACUGGAAUGAACUGACACAAAUCCUUCAUGAACUGUUUCAUCCCCGAACUCGCAAUCGCGGUUUUGACGAUCAUUAUUCACGAGGUGAACCUCUGAGGUCCAGGAUACACAAUCUACAAGACAUGGAGAACCUACUUUACAUUGUAGUUGUUGAUAUGGGGUUGCUUGACUUGAGCACCGAUAUAUGGAAAGAACAGCUUAAUUUUCUCGAAAAAUUCUCCGGCCGAGUGACAUUCGCAUGGAUGCUGAAUCACGAUACUUCCAAUGCAAUAAAGAUCGAGCUCCGCAGGAAGGGACAUGUAUUGAUGGUUAACAGACCAUUGUACAAGGCAAAGAUGCUUCAUAUUUUGAAAGCUGUCAUAAAGGAGAGACAUGCUGAAAUUCACAAGAGAAGUCCCAAGGGAAAUAAAGGCGGGUCUCAUGAAUGUCUCGAAAUCGAUUCAACUCAUUUCGAGACUUGCAGCUCUGAUGAUUCUGAAAUUUCUGAAAAGGGCGGAGCUGUGCAUACUGGGGAGCAACCAAGAGAAGGAACCGUAAAAUCCAACACAGCAAAUUGCCAGACACCGAAGAAUUGCCUGGUCGAAAUGACACGUUUAGGUUCAGAAAUGAACAUUCUAAGGGCAGAAGAAGAUGAAUGUAACGUCUGGCCCAAGUUGCAUGACACUGAAGAUGCCAAAUGCGAAAUCUCCAAUUCUCCGGAACAACAUCGUGUCAGCAGCAGUACAAAAGAUGGAGAUAAUUCGUAUACGAGUAAGGUUGUGAAUGAAGAGAAAUCUCUCGAAGGCCUACGGAUACUGCUAGCCGAAGAUACACCGGUUCUCCAAAGAGUAGCAACCAUCAUGCUGGAAAAAAUGGGAGCCACGGUAAUUGCCGUUGGCGAUGGACUGCAGGCGGUAGACGCACUGAACUGUGAGCUCGAUGAAAAAGAGUACAGAAGGGACAGAUUGCAGACAGAUAUUCAUGAUUCUCCUCCAUAUGAUUUGAUUUUAAUGGACUGUCAAAUGCCGAAGAUGGAUGGAUAUGAAGCAACAAAAGCAAUCAGGAAAUCAGAAGCAGGGAUGGGUUGGCACAUUCCUAUUGUUGCCUUGACAGCACAUGCGAUGUCGUCGGACGAGGCAAAAUGCUUGGAGGUUGGCAUGGAUGCUUAUUUAACAAAGCCGAUCGACUACAAGUUCAUGGUAUCCACCAUCCUUUCACUCACUAAAAGAUCACCCUAAAGUUUCCAGCCUACCAAAACCACUAUCCGGAGACAAAUGCAAUAGGCGGGAUGUAGAAUUUUAUGUCAAAGGACGAACUUAAAUUAUAUAAAAAUCUAAAAAAAAAUUCAGGACUAUUCUGCAUCCCUGGAUACAAGAUUCUUGGGGAAGAAGAAAAAACAUGUUUUUUAACGUGUCUAGUAAACCUAGGAGCAUAACCAAAUUUUCCUGUCUUAGAAAGCUGCUUUAUCUACUGAUGAAAACUCUUAUGCUUGGACAGUGUGCUAUUGCUUUAGUGUCUUAAGACACACUGUAAAUUG